ACCCACCGCAGCAACGGCAAGAGCUUCGCACAGGAUAUCGAGGUCCUCCUACGACUACCAAGCCCUCAAACCCUCCCUCCAUCCAUGGCCUCCCCCUACCAGCCAAUGGAGAACCCAGACACAGUUAUUGAGCAUCAAACUAUCCUACAGGAUGCCCAAAAUCCGGCACUCGACCUGACUCCAGGUAAGAUUCAUAUCUUCCACCGUGGGGAGCUAUAGGUGGAAGGAGUUACUAACUUUGUGGAACCAGAUCGGCCAGCGGGGGAUCUCAUGUGGAAUGUGCAUCCUGAAUGGCACAAACACUAUCAGGAUCGUGCGGAGCGACUCAAAGCUAAGAAUUCCCGCGAGAUGCAGAAUGUCGAAGCAUACUGGGUUAAACGGUACGAUGCGCUAGACAAAGAGAUUGCAGAGAAAUCGACGCAAAUUGGCCAACUUGAGGUUUGUUUCACAAACUCGGACUCUGGGUUUUUUGUACUCACUACUUUAUAGAAUUCACUUAAGAAGGCAAAUAUGGCGUGUGUGAAGUUGUACGAUAACUUCAACCUCCGUGGAGCUUUGGGUAAACAAUGAGAAUUCCAAUCUAUUGAGAUGUUACUAAUAUUCAGGUGCAGAGCGAAUUGUGGAACAUGCAAAAGAGCUCAAUAAGUUCCACGGAAAUUGUCCUUCCGGAACCCAGGCUGCACUCAAUGUGUUAGCCACAACCCAUGCCUUUAAAAAAAUAUUAGCUGGAGAAAUAAAAGCCCGUGGGCUUGAUGAGAAAGACGUCCAAUCCUGUAUCCCGCUUGUGUAUCAUGAGUGCUCUAAACGUGCCCAUGGGAAUACUGGCAUGAUAACGAUUUACAGUGAGGAUCAUACAUCCAAUGAAUGUGCUGCUCUUGUGGCCUUUCUAAAGCUCCAGAGUGGGUGGGGGGGUGGGUUGAAGUGGAGAGAAGUAGACGAGAGAUGA